AUGGAUUGCAGCAGGAAGCCAAGAGUAAACAUAAGUAUGAUGAAGACGAUGACUGAGGAGUCCUAGGGUGAUACCAUUGCCUAAUCCCCCCCACCAUCUCCCCCUGCCGCCAUAUGUGUGAUCUCCCUGGUAAAGUGAUCACUGGGUCUAAUAAGAGCAGAGUAAACACAGAUGUUGAUGUUGUUGUUGUGCCAGGCAGCUGAAGGCCGAGGGCAGACACCAGAACUAUGUUAUUAUGAUUCUACAACAAGCUGUUUCUCUUUAGAACAGAAUGAUCAGAUGGCCCUGGUGCAGUAGUGUUUGUGUGUAUGUGUGUGUGUGUGUGUGUGUGUGUGUAUGGUAGAGAGGCCCCACACAAGGGGUUAGGGCUAGACUUAAUCUGCUCCCCAGUUUGUGUGUUAACUGUAUAUGGCAGAGGUCAUAGCCCUUUCCUCCAGUCAAAUGACCUAGUGGCCUCUUGGGUGGAAUGUUAUUAAUAUUUUUCAUAAUUUCAUAAUUAAUUAAUAUUAUUUCAAAAAGCUGCCGUAAAUCCGGUGUUUCUAUGUCAAACGGUUUUGUUAUAUUUCAGUCAUCUGUGAUGUAUAUAAAGUGUAAUAUUGGGAUGCAAACUCAAAAUUGAACACAUUUCAACUCUAUAUCUGACAUGGCACAGGUGUCGUCAUUUUUUUAAGCCCAUAACCAUAUGUGUGAGGUGUAUACUUUUGUUUCAAAGUAGAUUUGUUUAAGACCACCAAGAAACACUCUGUGUGACCCUGAUUCAGCCCACUGCAGUAAAAGGUUAAACUCAAGUUACCUGGGGGCCAAUUUAUAGCGGCCAGUAUCGCUUUCAUGGGAGUGAUGCUUUUUUGCACAAUACCUUAUUCUACUACUAUGUUCUUUAUUCAGUAUCAGUACCUUAGUAAAUGACCUGACAUUAACCCUCCACUCUCUCCCCCCUCUACAGACAGUAAGGCCAUCGUGGAUGGGAACCUGAAGCUGAUCCUGGGUCUGAUCUGGACUCUGAUCCUGCACUACUCCAUCUCUAUGCCCAUGUGGGAGGACGAGGACGAUGAGGAUGCCAAGAAGCUGACCCCCAAGCAGAGGCUGCUGGGAUGGAUACAGAACAAGGUGCCCCAGCUGCCCAUCAACAACUUUCACCGCGACUGGAGGGACGGCAAGGCCCUGGGAGCCCUGGUCGACAACUGUGCCCCAGGUAAGAGCUGAUCCAGGAUCUGUGACUCAUUCUGUUGUUAGACUCUGCUGGUUAAUAGGCUUGGAGCUGACUCAGAAACAGUUAAAUCUUAGUUCAUGUGACUGGAUGGACGGCAAGGCCCUGGGAGCACUGAUUGACAACUGGGCCCCAGGUAAGGCCUUGAGGAGCAGUUUGAGUGCAGAUCGUCCAUCUGUAAGAACUGUAAGAGCUUUGUAAGAGCUGAUCCAAGAUCUGUGCAUAAUACGUUUCAUUUGUUGACAAUAGUCCUCCAGGUUGUAACUAUUUUGAGAGCUGUUUUAGGGUUGAUUAAUCGUCUAUAGUAUUCACUGAAACAGUACACUAAACACUAAACAGCCAUAAUUUCAAGUAUGUGUCACAUAGAAGUUCCAGAGAAACUCCAGUUAUUUAUUGUAUUUUUGAAACGGUCUUGUUGAAACAUUAAGCCUAAUUAUUCCAGGUCAGGGGUAGAGAGUAUGUACUGUCUGUUCAGGGCUGACUGACAGGGAGCCUUGGUUGAUGACAAUGAGAAUGUGUAUUUUUGGCAUGUUCUGUGGGUUGGGGGUAGAGGUUAUUGUGCAGGGGCUACCAUAGAGCAUGACAUCACUGAGGAAAUCCUAUUCAGGGUGGGGAUGUGGGCACAAAGUACGAAUGGGUGUGGCCAAAAAGCAUACAAGCUGCAUUCAACAUGCAAUAUUCCUUUAAUUGCUUGAACUGCACCACUUCACAUCAGAGAAGGGGAGACCUAGGGGAACCAGAAUGGGACGUGUGUCCACCCUCUGCUCCCACUAUGACCCCUAACCGAUAUCCCAACUCUUAAUCAGAACCAGCCUUUUCUUCAUUAUAAAACAAUCUGAUGAGAGAAGAAUGAGGGAGAGAGAGAGGAGGAGGAGGAGGAGGAGGAGGAGGAGGAGGUGAGGAGGAGGAGGAGGAGGAGGAGGGGGAGGAGGAGGAGGGGGAGCAGGGAGAGGAGGAGGAGGGGGAGGAGGGAGAGGAGGAGGAGGAGGAGGAGGAGGAGGAGGAGGAGGAGGGGGGAGGGGGGAAGGGGAGGAGGAUGAGGAGGAGGGGGAGUGUGUGAGCUAACCAAAAAACACUGACAUUUAAAAUCCCCAAACCACAGAGAGAUAGAUAGUGCAUAGCCUGUAAUUACAGAUCAGGGUCGUCAGGGCCUAGCCAGGAGGACUUGCCCGACAACUGCCCUAGAUAGAGUGACCCCCACUGGGGAAGGUUUCAUAACUGUAGCCCCAGGCUUGUCUCUUUCGGUGAAGGCCUCUACUAAUUUGGACUGGGUUCCUGGCAGGCAGUGGGUCUUUCUAAGACAUGGGUCCAAGGGGAACUCAGAUUGACCUUGGGUUAGUAGACACGUCUUGUUCAACAGAGCCACUAAUCCUGUGUUAGUACAAAUGGUGUGAGACCAGAUAUGUGGAAUGGCUGGGCAUUAAUAGGUUCACAGAGUUAGUUACUCCAGAGAAAUAAAACAAAGAACUGAGGUGCACUGUCUUUUUGUUUACUGAGUGUGUGUGUGUGUAUAGGUGUUGUCCUUUGUAGGUGUGUGAGUGUGUGUGUGUGUGUGUGUGUGAGAGAGCCAGUGUGUGAAUGUCUGUGCAUUAUUUGUUUUCAUGUGUUUGCAUGCUUCUGAGUGUGUGUAUGUGUGUUUGUGUGCAUGACAAAGUGUGUUUACUAAGGCAGGAAGUUGAGAAGUGUGUUGGAGAGAGGCUAAGGUGGCGGAACAAAUAAUCAAACAAUGACUCCAUUCUCCCCCAAACUGAGCCUGUCUAAUUCACUUACCUAGCGCAGCGGGGUCACAGAGCAGGUGUGUGUGUGUGUGUGUGUGUGUGUGUUUGUGUCUGUGUCUGUGUACAUUUAUGUUUUUCAGGGUGUGUGUGUAAUAUUGUGUGUGUUUAUGGUAUAGGUGUCUGUGUUAGUAUUGUUGACACUGCUGAUACACAGAGCUCUGUCUCUGACACUGAGCAGGACUAAGUAGCAGGUUUUAUUCUAGGCUUUGACCAUACAGGGCUCUGUUUCUCUCUGCUCUCACUGAAACAUUCAUACUGAUAGAUCCAGAACAAGCUACAGUCAACUAUGACAGACAAAAUGAGAAAUUUUUUUCCAGAAAAUCACAUUGUAGGAUUUUUAAUGAAUUUAUUUGCAAAUUAUGGUGGAAAAUAAGUAUUUGGUCAAUAACAAAAGUUUCUCAAUACUUUGUUAUAUACCCUUUGUUGGCAAUGACACAGGUCAAACGUUUUCUGUAAGUCUUCACAAGGUUUUCACACACUGUUGCUGGUAUUUUGGCCCAUUCCUCCAUGCAGAUCUCCUCUAGAGCAGUGAUGUUUUGGGGCUGUCGCUGGGCAACACGGACUUUCAACUCCCUCCAAAGAUUUUCUAUGGGGUUGAGAUCUGGAGACUGGCUAGGCCACUCCAGGACCUUGAAAUGCUUCUUACGAAGCCACUCCUUCGUUGCCCGGGCGGUGUGUUUGGGAUCAUUGUCAUGCUGAAAGACCCAGCCACGUUUAAUCUUCAAUGCCCUUGCUGAUGGAAGGAGGUUUUCACUCAAAAUCUCACGAUACAUGGCCCCAUUCAUUCUUUCCUUUACACGGAUCAGUCGUCCUGGUCCCUUUGCAGAAAAACAGCCCCAAAGCAUGAUGUUUCCACCCCCAUGCUUCACAGUAGGUAUGGUGUUCUUUGGAUGCAACUCAGCAUUCUUUGUCCUCCAAACACGACGAGUUGAGUUUUUACCAAAAAGUUCUAUUUUUGUUUCAUCUGACCAUAUGACAUUCUCCCAAUCCUCUUCUGGAUCAUCCAAAUGCACUCUAGCAAACUUCAGACGGGCAUGGACAUGUACUGGCUUAAGCAGGGGGACACGUCUGGCACUGCAGGAUUUGAGUCCCUGGCGGCGUAGUGUGUUACUGAUGGUAGGCUUUGUUACUUUGGUCCCAGCUCUCUGCAGGUCAUUCACUAGGUCCCCCCGUGUGGUUCUGGGAUUUUUGCUCACCGUUCUUGUGAUCAUUUUGACCCCACGGGGUGAGAUCUUGCGUGGAGCCCCAGAUCGAGGGAGAUUAUCAGUGGUCUUGUAUGUCUUCCAUUUCCUAAUAAUUGCUCCCACAGUUGAUUUCUUCAAACCAAGCUGCUUACCUAUUGCAGAUUCAGUCUUCCCAGCCUGGUGCAGGUCUACAAUUUUGUUUCUGGUGUCCUUUGACAGCUCUUUGGUCUUGGCCAUAGUGGAGUUUGGAGUGUGACUGUUUGAGGUUGUGGACAGGUGUCUUUUAUACUGAUAACAAGUUCAAACAGGUGCCAUUAAUACAGGUAACGAGUGGAGGACAGAGGAGCCUCUUAAAGAAGAAGUUACAGGUCAGUGAGAGCCAGAAAUCUUGCUUGUUUGUAGGUGACCAAAUACUUAUUUUCCACCAUAAUUUGCAAAUAAAUUCAUUAAAAAUCCUACAAUGUGAUCUUCUGGAUUUUUUUUUCUCAAUUUGUCUGUCAUAGUUGACGUGUACCUAUGAUGAAAAUUACAGGCCUCUCUCAUCUUUUUAAGUGGGAGAACUUGCACAAUUGGUGGCUGACUAAAUACUUUUUUCCCCCACUGUAUACACUCACAGUACACACAGCAUUAGGGCAAAGGGGCAAUUCUCUCACAUUCUCUUGCAGUGCCACCUCUGCCUAUAUGCAGACUAUGAGCUGCCACUAGGCCCCCCCGGGCACGCAAGGCACGUGCUCAGGGUGUCACACCCUGGCUCUGGGACUCUAUAUGUUGAGCCAGGGUGUGUUCAUUCUAUGUGUUAUAUUUCUAUGUUGGGGGUUCUAGUUCUUCUGUUUCUUUGUUGGCCUGAGUGACUCCCAAUCAGAGGCAACGAGUGUCAGCUGUGGCUGGUUGUCUCUGAUUGGGAGCCAUAUUUAAACUGUCUGUUUUCCCUUGGUGUUUGUGGGUUUUUGUUCCAGUUGGUCAUUGUUACCUAGGAUGUUACGAGUCGUUUUGUUGUUUUGUAUCGUGUGUGCACUUUAACUAAUUAAAGUAUGUUCGCUCAACACGCUGCGCCUUGGUCCUCCUCUAUUAAUGACGAUCGUGACAGAAAAACCCACCAUACAAGGACCAAGCAGCGUGUCCAGGAGCAGGCAGCCUGGACGUGGGAGCAGAUUUUGGACGGGCAGGGGUCCUGGACCUGGGAAGAAAUCCUGGCCGGGAUGGAUCGCCGGCCAUGGAGUGAGACUGUAGAGAGGCGACGGAGAGAGGAGCAACGGCGUGAUCAGGGUCGUCGUCGGACGGUCGAGAGGCAACCCCAAAUACAUUUUAGGGGGGGGCACAGGGCAUGGACGACGGGGCUGACGGAGGCAGAAAAGGGGCGUAUUCAGAAGGCCACCAGGUUACGGGGGCCACUGGUCAAAGUAGAGCCAGUGGUGUGUGUCCCCAGUACGGUCCGGCCUGUCACGGCCCCUCGCACCAAGCCUACGGUGUGCGUCGCCAACCCAGUCCGGCCUGUCCCUGCUCCACGCACCAAGCCUACGGUGUGCGUCGCCAGCCCGGUCCGGCCUGUCCAUGCUCCACGCACCAAGCCUACGGUGUGCGUCGCCAGCCCGGUCCGGCCUGUCCCUGCUCCACGCACCAAGCCUACGGUGUGCGUCGCCAGCCCGGUCCGGCCUGUCCCUGCUCCACGCACCAAGCCUACGGUGUGCGUCGCCAGCCCAGUCCGGCCUGUCCCUGCUCCACGCACCAAGCCUACGGUGUGCGUCGCCAGCCCAGUCCGGCCUGUCCCUGCUCCACGCACCAAGCCUACGGUGUGCGUCGCCAGCCCGGUCCGGCCUGUCCCUGCUCCACGCACCAAGCCUACGGUGUGCGUCGCCAGCCCGGUCCGGCCUGUCCCUGCUCCACGCACCAAGCCUACGGUGUGCGUCGCCAGCCCGGUCCGGCCUGUCCCUGCUCCACGCACCAAGCCUACGGUGUGCGUCGCCAGCCCGGUCCGGCCUGUCCCUGCUCCACGCACCAAGCCUACGGUGUGCGUCGCCAGCCCAGUCCGGCCUGUCCCUGCUCCACGCACCAAGCCUACGGUGUGCGUCGCCAGCCCGGUCCGGCCUGUCCCUGCUCCACGCACCAAGCCUACGGUGUGCGUCGCCAGCCCGGUCCGGCCUGUCCCUGGUCCACGCACCAAGCCUACGGUGUGCGUCGCCAGCCCAGUCCGGCCUGUCCCUGCUCCACGCACCAAGCCUACGGUGUGCGUCGCCAGCCCGGUCCGGCCUGUCCCUGCUCCACGCACCAAGCCUACGGUGUGCGUCGCCAGCUCGGUCCGGCCUGUCCCUGCUCCACGCACCAAGCCUACGGUGUGCGUCGCCAGCCCGGUCCGGCCCGUUCCUACUCCACGCACCAAGCCAGGGGUGCGCAUCGUCAGCCCGGUCCGGCCCGUUCCUACUCCACGCACCAAGCCAGGGGUGCGAGUCGUCAGCCGGGUCCGGCCCGUUCCGGCUCCACGCACCAAGCCAGGGGUGCGCGUCGUCAGUCCAGCACAACCCGUGCCUGGGUCACCGGUGCCUGGUAAGGUACCGGUCAACUGCUCCACUACGGAGCUGAAGCUAACCGCUCCUGCUACGUCCAGUUCAGCUCCAGCCAGCGGGGCCAGACCGGACCAGGGGCGCUAUGGGGGGUUUAUUGGAGGGUGGUGGGCAAGGCCGGAGCCAGAACCGCCGCCGAGGAGGAAUGCCCACCCAGCCCUCCCCUGUUUUGUUCUAGUGGAGGCGCGGUCGCAGUCCGCGCCUUUAGGGGGGGGGGGGGGGUACUGUCACACCCUGGCUCUGGGACUCUAUAUGUUGAGCCAGGGUGUGUUCAUUCUAUGUGUUAUAUUUCUAUGUUGGGGGUUCUAGUUCUUCUGUUUCUUUGUUGGCCUGAGUGACUCCCAAUCAGAGGCAACGAGUGUCAGCUGUGGCUGGUUGUCUCUGAUUGGGAGCCAUAUUUAAACUGUCUGUUUUCCCUUGGUGUUUGUGGGUUUUUGUUCCAGUUGGUCAUUGUUACCUAGGACGUUACGAGUCGUUUUGUUGUUUUGUAUCGUGUGUGCACUUUAACUAAUUAAAGUAUGUUCGCUCAACACGCUGCGCCUUGGUCCUCCUCUAUUAAUGACGAUCGUGACGCAGGGGCCCUGACCUCCAGGGGGCCCCCAUUGAUUUUGCUAGUCACUCAUAAUUCAUGGCAAAUUCGUUGAAUCACAUGAAAUUAGUUUUAAAACGGCUACAUUUUCUCUCUGCCACAUGGAAAAAUUUGAGGAAUUGUAGAAAAUAUGCUUUAAAACUGCCACAUUUCUCUCUAUGUGUAGAAUUGCAGGACAUCAAUAUUAAAGCUGCACAUUUUUCUCUUCACCGUCAAGAGAGGAACCAGUAAAAUGUUUUGCCUGUGAGGGCCCCCCAACCAAAUCUCGCUUAGGGCCACCAAAAUGCUCUUGUCAGCACAACAUUUUACAUUCAGGACCAUUCACCCAUUAGCAAGACAUGUGAAAUAUACAGUUGAGCAUAAAAAAGAAACAUUGCACUUGUCUUUUCCUUCUAGCACUGACUUUGCUGAUAACUUCUUUAUUGAGGAAAAAUGUAUUUACUAUGAUUGUGAUAUGUUGUUGUCUCAGCUAGCUAUCUUAAGAUGAAUGCAAGUCGCUCUGGAUAAGAGCGUCUGCUAAUUGACUGAAAUGUCAAUGUAAAAUAUAAUAACUGUUUUGGGUGGAACUCAAACUGCUCUCAGACCUGAUAGACAACUGCGUAGCUAAUUAGUCCUGACACCUCGAGUUCCCAUGGUUCAGCCAAACCCGUUCCCCGCAAGCCGCUGGACAUUGGUGUGCUGCAGGCUGCAGUGUGGAGCCAGUGGGUUUCUGGCUGCUGUAACAGCAUGGAGAGUGUCAGAGUAGAGAACACAGCAGCGAGGAACGCAAUAAGUGAAAACACAUGUAGAGCGCCGCAUUUCCUGGCAAACACAUUAUUGUGUGUGUGUGUGCUCAUGUAUGUUGUUAAGGAGCAACAGGAACAGGGCAGAGGCCUCUCUGUUAGAAGUAAGGGUGGACAGUAAAGUAAAGCGUAUUGUCCGUAGAAGUAAAUUAAGGAAAGGUUUGCUCGUGGCUUGAGUCCAUGUCUUGUCCUUCAGUGUAUUUACACUAGAAUAUAACAAUACGCCAGGACUAAGCAACAGGGAACAGAGAGGGUUUGGACACACACACACACACACACACACACACACACACACACGCACACACACACACACACACACACACACACACACACACACACACACACACACACACACACGAUUCCACAGCAAAGUUAACACAGCAUCCUAUCCUGAGGCUGUUCACCUCUCCUCAGAGUGAAAUGUUACUCAUCAGAUUUUUACCCGACACACCCCUCUAUCCACCCCCGCUGAAUGGCCCUCUCUCAUCCUCACACUGCCUGGUCACAGACCCCCCAGAGCCAAAAAAUCACACGUCAGCCCAACAGAGGCACAUUAAACAGGUAUGAGUUGGUUGAAAAAGGUACUAGUUUCUACUACUGGCCAGCUGUAGAGGGCUUACUAAACAUAAUGACCCAUCUUGAGUAUCACUGUGUGUGUGUGUUUACAUAUGUGUGUGCGUGUGUAUUGUGUGUAUGCAUGUGUGUGUGUGUGUGUGUGUGUGUGUUUCUGGAACACAUACAAAUAUGAGGGUCAGGUACAGCUCUUUGGCAGUGUGGGAGAAUGCUUUGGGGGGUUUAUGUUCCUCUCCUGUUAGUUUUUCAACCACCCCCUAGAGCCCCCUCACUCUCUGCCAUGUAUUUGUUUAGUAUCCUUUUGCCUCACACCUCUGUUUUCAUACGGCUCCUGGCAGUAGUGGGGUUUGCACAAGGAAGCCACCCUGAGCUGAGAACAUUCUAGAUGGAACUGCAAUAGAGACAGCCAUGACAGCUAAUGAGACUUAGGGAAAAUGUAUUGCCAUGUACUGAGGUGGGAGAAACAACAGUAAAAAACACCAAACCACUCUGUCACGUUGAGUAGUGCUGAGCCCUCUCUCCCGUUCCAGUCAGUGGACACAGCCUGGUCUCAAUGUAGAGCCCCCAGUCCUGCUCAACCUGUCUCAGAGAGCUCCUUUGUCCCACACCCCACACACGUGGAGACUGUCUCAAUUGAUGCCUCCAGUUAUGCUAUCUCUUUCAUCUUUACCCAACGAUUAGGUUUACCUCCACUGUACUCAUAUCCUUCCAUAUCCUUGUCUGUACAUAAUGCCCUGAAUCUAUUCUACAACGCCCAGAAAUCUGCCCCUUUUUUUCUCUGUACCUUAUUCUACUCCUCCUCUGUUCCUCUGGUGAUGUAGAGGUUAACCCAGGCCCUGUAGCCCCCAGGAUCACUCCUGCUCACCAGGCGCUAUCAUUUGUUGACUUCUGUAACCGCAAAAGCCUUGGUUUCUUGCAUGUUAACAUCGGAAGCCUCCUCCCUAAGUUUGAGUUAUUCACUGCGUUAGCACACUCCGCCAACCCUGAUGUUCUAGCAGUGUCUGAAUCCUGGCUUAGGAAGGCCACCAAAGAUUCUGAAAUGUCCAUUCCCAACUACAGCAUUUUCCGUCUAGAUAAAACUGCCAAAGGGGGCGGAGUUGCAAUCUACUGUAGAGAUAGCCUGCAGAGCUCUAUCAUACUAUCCAGGUCUGUGCCCAAACAGUUUGAGCUUCUACUUAUAAAAAUCUACCUUUCCAGAAAUAAGUCUCUCACUGUUGCCGCUUGCUACAGACCCCCCUCAGCCCACAGCUGCGCCCUGAACACCAUAUGCGAAUUGAUUGCCCCCCAUCUAUCCUCAGAGUUCGUAUUGCUUGGUAACCUAAACUGGGAUAUGCUUAAUACCCCGGCCGUCCUACAAUCUAAACUAGAUGCCCUCAUAGAUACAUCUGUUAACAUGGGCACCCUCAUAGAUAUCAUCCUGACUAAUUUACCCUCUAAAUACACCUCCGCUGUCUUCUACCAGGAUUUCAGCGAUCACUGCCUCAUUGCCUGCGUCCGUAAUGGGUCCGCGGUCAAACGACCACCCCUCAUCACUGUCAAACGCUCCCUAAAACACUUCAGCGAGCAGGCCUUUCUAAUUGACCUGGCCCGGGUAUCCUGGAUGGAUAUUGACCUCAUUCCGUCAGUAGAGGAUGCCUGGUUGUUCUUUAAAAGUGCUUUCCUCUCCAUCUUAAAUAAGCAUGCCCCAUUCAAAAAAUUCUGAAGUAAGAACAGAUAUAGUCCAUGGUUCACCCCAGACUUGACUGCCCUUGACCAGCACAAAAACAUCCUGUGGCGUACUGCAUUAGCAUCGAACAGCCCCCACGAUAUGCAACUGGAACCAAUAUACACAAUCAGUUAGGAAAGCAAAGGCUAACUUUUUGAAAAAGAAAUGUGCAUCCUGUAGCACUAACUCCAAAAAGUUUGGGGACACUGUAAAGUCCAUGGAGAAUAAGAGCACCUCCUCCCAGCUGCCCACUGCACUGAAGCUAGGAAAUACUGUCACUACCGAUAAAUCUACGAUAAUCGAACAUUUCAACAAGCAUUUUGCUAUGGCUGGCCAUGCAUUCCACCUGGCUAUCCCUACCCCGGCCACCAGCUCUGCACCCUCCGCUGCAAUUUGCCCAUGUAAAACUAAAUGCAUGCUCUUUCAUCGAACGCUGCUUGCACCUGCCUGCCCGACUAGAAUCACUACUCUCGGCGGGUCUGACUUAGAAUAUGUGAACAACUGCAAAUACCUAGGUGUCUGGUUAGACUGUAAACUCUCCUUCCAGACUCACAUUAAGCAUCUCCAAUCCAAAGUUAAAUCUAGAAUCGGCUUCCUAUUUCGCAACAAAGCCUCCUUCACUCAUGCUGCUAAACAUGCCCUCGUAAAACCUACUAUCCUACCGAUCCUUGACUUCGGCGAUGUCAUUUACAAAAUAGCUUCCAACACUACUCAGCAAAUUGGAUGUAGUCUAUCACAGUGCCAUCCAUUUUGUCACCAAAGCCCCAUAUACUACCCACCAUUGUGACCUGUACGCUCUCAUUGGCUGGCCUUCACUACAUAUUAGUCGCCAAACCCACUGGCUCCAGGUCAUCUAUAAAUCACUUCCAGGCAAAUCCCCACCUUAUCUUAGCUCACUGGUCACCAUAGCAACACCCACCCUUAGUAGGCGUUCCAGCAGGUAUGUCUCACUGGUCAUCCCCAAAGCCAACACCUCCUUUGGUCGCCAUUCCUUCCAGUUCUCUGCUGCCAAUGACUGGAACGAACUGCAAAAAUCUCUGAAGCUGGAGACACUUAUCUCCCUCACUAUCUUUAAGCAUCAGUUGUCAGAGCAGCUUACCGAUCACUGCACCUGUACACAGCCCAUCUGUGAUUAGCCCACCCAACUACCUCAUCCCCAUAUUGUUAUUUACAUUGUUAUUUAUUUUGCUCAUUUGCACCCCAGUAUCUCUAGUUGCACAUCAUCUUUUGCAUGUCUAUCACUCCAGUGUUAAUACUAAAUUAUAAUUGUAAUUAUUUUGCACUAUGGCCUAUUUAUUGCCUUACCUCCAUAACUUACUACAUUUGCACACACUGUAUAUAGAUUUUCUAUUGUGUUAUUGACUGUACAUUUUGUUUAUUCCAUAUGUAACUCGGUGUUGUUGUUGUUUUUACCGCACUGCUUUGGUUUAUCUUGGCCAGGUCGCAGUUGUAAAUGAGAACUUGUUCUCAACUGGCUUAGCUGGUUAAAUAAAGGUGAAAUAAAAUAGACUAGACAUAACAUAGUAAAUGUAAAUUCGGGACACUCAAAUUGGUAUUAUACUGUAUGUUACAGGGUGGAUGGGUGGGCUUACAACGCAAAUAUCUAGGAACCCAAAGGUUCCGUGUUCAAAUCUAAUCAUGGACAACUUUAGCAUUUUUGCAACCUUUCAACUAAUUACUACUUUUUAGCUACUUUGCAACUACUUAGCAAGUUAGCCAUCCCUUCUCCUAACUCUAACCUUAACUCUUUUAGCUAGCCCUUUCCUUAACCCUAACCUUAAUCCUAACCCCUAACCCUAACCCCUAAACUUGCUAAUGUUAGCCAGCUAGCUAACAUUAGCGUUUGCCACCUAGCUAACGUUAGCCACAACAAAUUUGAAUAUCAUACGUUUUUCAAAUUCGUAACAUAUUGCACGUUUUGCAAAUUUGUAACAUAUCAUACGAUUUGUAAAUCGUAACGUAUCAUAUGAAAUGAUUGAUGGACAUCCACAAAUUAAUACAGACCAUAUGAAACGUAACAUAUCAUACUAAUUGGAGUGUCUCGGAUAUACGUACAGAAUAAUACGAAAUGCUCUGAGACCAGGUUGGUGGAUAGAGAACUGUGUAGGGAUGACACUCCUCUGUGUUUGUGUGUCAUCUGAGGCUUCCUACAUCUCUCAUCCUCACGUCACUCCCUGAUAAUCCUAUAAGCUGCAUUGUUACAGUGUGUGUGUGUAUAUGUGUGUGUCAGCUUUGUUCAGAGUGACCCACAGUCGGACAUCAGGAAAAAAGUAACUCACCGCUCUCUAAGAAUUGAUUUGUCCCUACUGUAGAGGCAAAGUAUUGUGGGUAAACAUGGUUUGGCAGUUGUUGUCAUGGUGAUAGUGAAUCGUAGUGGAUGGAGCUAUGUUGAUUCUCUGUGUACUGUUGUCCCAUGACUAAAUUCUCCCUCGCUCCCCUCUCCCUCCCUCCCUCCCUCCCUCCCUCCCUGUCAUGUAGGCCUGUGUCCUGACUGGGAGACGUGGGAUCCUAGCCAGCCUGUGGAGAAUGCCAGGGAGGCCAUGCAGCAGGCUGACGACUGGCUCGGAGUGCCCCAGGUAACAUCACCACACCACCUACACUCACAUUCACUCCUGGUCUCACCUGGUUUAGUUCACAUAACCUGAACUCAUCCGUACUAGUUAAACUCAUAUAGUUAACACUCAUCUAGUUAAACUCAUCUAGUUAAACUCAAAUCCACAUACUUGCUUUAGACUCAGUUACUCUGAGGCAACUGGCUUCAGUGGUAAACAGCAGGGCAAUCUUUGGUAAGACUUUACAGCUUAAAGGCUGGUAAAAUGUAUUGUGAUGUGUUUUUAAAUUCACUGUAAGACUUGUCAUAAGCAUGUAUGAUCAAUCUGUUCUUUGAGUGUGUGAGUUGGAGUUGGAGUGGGUGGGUGUUUCCCAGGUGACAUUCCACAGCCUGUCUCCUCUAGCCCAGGUGGUCAGUUAGAGGUCAUGAUAGGGUUUGAGUGACAGCCAGGUAAACAGGAUGUAGGGGGCGUGUCCCUCUCUGUCUGAACAUCACACUUACAGACAGCUCUGCUGGUGACCGUUCUGGUCUGAUCCGGUCUGAACAGAGUAAGCUGGAGCUCAGGGCUGUUAUGUUUGUUGGCCACAUAGGCCUAUGUGGAUAAGUGUAUGUGGGAUUGUGUUCAGCUUGUUUCUUCAGUAUGAGGUUGUGGAGGUACAUUGGCAUGCUGCUGUACUGGACUGGGUCUUGGAGAGAGGAGAGGCCAGGUUGGCAUCAGGUUAGGCUGGAUUCUGAAGAGGCGAGGCUGGGUUAACCGAUGCCACUACCAGGACCACUGGAGCAUGUUCAUAUGAAACCACAAACUGUCCCCCAGUCACACACUAGUCUAUAGCACUUCUAGAUUCUAAGAUGGAAAACAUGAACAGAAACUCUAUAUUCCCUGAGUUUUAUCGUGUCAAUAAGCACUUCUUUCAAUGUAUCAAUUGGCCCAAACAUUAGUUCCCACUAGCUGAAACAACCUUCUGCUCCUUAGUCAAUGAUUUUUAUACAGACCAAGGAAACCUGCAACUCUCUAUAGAGAAAUGAGGGGAGGAGAGAGAAGGCAAAUAUAUGGCGGCAUAAAUAUUAGGGAUUAGGAGGAUUGGUGAGACCAUGAUGGGCCUUGCUAUUUUCUUAAGCUGUUCUUAAUAAGUGUAUGCAUGUGUAUAGAGGAGGGAGCGUGUGUGUGUGUGUGUGCACGUGUGUGUGUGUGUUUUUGUGUGUGUGUAUGUGUAUCUUGUAUUUGAGCUUAUAUGGGAGGGUCCAGUCCAUCACUGUAUGGCAGAAUGGGGGCAAUCCCAGCAUGCUUAGAGCCCCGUGUCACAUGGUGGGAGUAACAAGGUCGUGGGACGUGUUUACAUCUUGAACAACUGAACCAGGAUCAGCUCUUGAUACCCCUGUCUAACCUUAAACAUUGUGAUCCCCAAAACACCACUGACCCUGUAUCAGUAGAGGAACACACAGAGAGUAGCAUAAUGGUUAACGCAGCGAGUGGCCAUGCUAAAUAAUGGCUGGUCUAUUUUCAGGCUCGCCCCCUGGCCCUACACCCAAGGGUUAAAUAUAGCCAGAAAACCCUCUGACACCCCUCAGAGAGAGAGAGAGAGAGAGAGAGAGAGAGGGAUCCACAUGGAUGACUGUAAAGAGAAAGAGAAACUAUUAGAAAGGGAGAAAAUAUGCCAUUUUGACACAAUGGGAUGCACAGCAUGAUGCAAGCUGGGUCAGAUCAAUAUCAUUCUCAGUCUGAAAACAGAGAACCUGUUGACAGACCCUUUAACAAGGUUGGGAAAGUCAUUUUGCCAAACUCAUUAUUUAUUCUGCCCAUGAGGCAUGGUUUAAGAUAUGAUAUCAGCAUAAUACAUUGGGAGUAGAAUACCUAUAGUAAGAGUCUGUGUAUGUAUGUAUGUACAAGUAUGUAUGCCUGAAGCAGUGGCACCUAUUUAGCAUGUACAGCCUGUUUCCUCUCAGAGCAACACACCCCUGUGGGUAUGUAGGUUUUAAAUUAGCAUGUGUGUGUGAGAGUAUGUGAGUGUGUGUGAGUGUGUGUGUGUUUCCACCUGUAAGUCCCCGUGUUGUAGUUGUGUAUAAUUAGGGACUCCAUUAUCCAGAGGGCUAUUUAAACACAGACAUUUCAUGUGCCUAACAGCUGCUGCAGAACCUUACAUCCCCCCCCCCCCUCUCUCUCUCUAAUAUUUCUAUUUUUCCUUACAUCUCCCCCUUUUCCCCCCUCUCUUUCUUUCUCUAUCUCAUUUCCAUCUCUUUCCUCACUUGUUCUAAGUCUCUCAUUGUCCUGCUCUUUCCUUCCCCUUCUCCCUCUGCUCUCUCCUUCCUCCUCUCCCUCUGCUCUCUCCUUCCCCCUCUCCCUCUGCUCCCUCCUUCCUCCUCUCCCCUUGCUCCUGCUCCUCCUCCUCUCCUUGCUCUCUACUCCCUUCUCCUUUCUCUCAAUUCUUCCUCUCCUCUCUCUCUCUUCUCUCUCUCUCUCUCUCUCUCCUUCCCUUCUCUCUGUCUCUCUUCAUUCUCCCUUCUCCCUCUGCUCUCUCUUUCCUCUUCUCCUCUUCUCUCCUCCUUCCCCUUCUCCUCUGCUUUUCCCUUCAUCCUCUCCCUCUGCUCUCUCCUUCCCCUUCUCCUCUCUCUCUCCUUCCUCUCCUCUGCUCUCAUCUUUCCUCCUUCCCUCUUCUAUCUCUCCUCUCUCAUCUUCUCUCUCUCAUUCACUCUCCUCUGCUCUCUCCGUCCUCUCUUUCCCUCUGCUCUCUCCUUCCUCUCCCUCUGCUCUCCCCUUUUCCUCCUCUCCUCUCUCUCUACCUUCUCCUCUCCCUCUGCUCUCUCCUUCUCUCCUCUCCUCUGCUCUCUCCUUCCCCUUCUCCCUCUGCUCUCUCUCUUCAUCCUCUCCCUCUGCUUCUCUCUUCCUUCUCCUCUCUCUCUCCUUCCCUCCCUCUGCUUCUCUCUCCUUCCUCCUCUCCCUCUGCUCUCCCUUCCUCCUCUCCCUUCUUCUCUCUCCUCCCCCUCUCCCUCUCUCUCUCUCCUUCCUCUCUCUUCUCUCUCCUUCCUCUUCUCCCUCUGCUCUCUCCCUUCCUCCUCUCUCCCUCUGCUCUCCUCCUUCCUCCUCUUCCUCUCCUCUCUCCUUCUGCUUCUCCUCUGCUCUCUCCUUCCUCUCCCUCUGCUCUCUCCUUCCUCCUCUCCCUCUGCUCUCACCUUCCUCCUCUCCCUUUGCUCUCUCCUUCCUCCUCUCCCUCUGCUCUCUCCUUCCUCCUCUCCCUCUGCUCUCUCCUUCCUCCUCUCCCUCUCUCCUUUCCCCACUUCUCUCUACUCAAACGUCACUCCUGUAGCUCACUCUAGCUCCACGUAGAGGGACUUUCUUUCUCAAUAAAACACUGAUUACAUUAAACCACUCCAACAUGAUUUCCUGGUGGCAUAUCUCGCUUUUCUAUCCCCCCUCUCCUCCCCAUCUUUCUACUGCGAUCAUAAGGAAAACACAAUGUUGGACAAUACAAAUAGCCUUUAAUUCCAUAAGUGCUGCUGCUUUUGAUUCCACUGCCUUGGUUUUCUGGGUCAUUUUACCAGUCUGUAGUUUUACAACAACUUUACAGGCAGACGGAUAGCCUCAUUAGGCACUAUGUCUAUUUCAUGUCAUUCUUUGAUGUGCUUUCAAUUGAACGUACCUCUUUAUCCUCGGGUUGUAGUUAUUAAUACAAUAUUUAUUAUAAUGUUAUUAAAUCAUGCUUUAAUUGUGUUUAGGAGAAAUAGGAAGUGAUGUGAUAACCUUUUACCCCUUUGUUUGCGACACCUCUUCCAGUCCCCCUCUUCUUAUUAAAUCAGGCUUUGAUUGUGUACAGAGAGAAAGAGGAAGAGAGAGGCCCAACUCGGUAGAAAAUCUGUCUCCCUCCAGCAUGAGGCGUUUUUUCAUUGUUUCGCCUACCAAGCAAGGAGUGUAAACUUUUGUCAAGAAAAAACGUUAAUGGUUUAUUUUCUAUGUGAGGUUUAUUUGAUCAAAUAGAAGUUUCAUAAUGCUUAAGUUAUUUUGAGUGUACUGAUAUAAGUAGGACACGUAACAUCCCGUCAACUUAGAGAAAAAACACUUUAUAUCGGAGUUGUCUCAAGACGGCUAUGCAUAUUCAUGAGAUGAGGCUAGUAGCGUAGCCUCUCUCUCCAUUGAAUACAGGCGGUUGAAGACAACCACCCUCAUCGAAUAUUCAUAAAAGGAUUACAAUAAUGAGAUGUAUCCACCAAUCCAAAUAAAGGAUAGGCAGGAGCUAGACAGCCCGCCGUGCCGCUUUGUGGACAACGACUCCCAUUGUUAGGGAGGAGAGACAUGUAUCUUGUCAGUAUAUCCAUAAUAUUUGUUGUGUAUUAAGAGAAACAGGAAGUGAUGAUAACCUUUGACCCUGUGCACCGUCUAUUCUCUUCCCCCUCUCUGUAGGUGAUAGCCCCUGAGGAAAUAGUGGAUCCCAAUGUGGACGAGCACUCGGUGAUGACCUACCUGUCCCAGUUCCCCAAGUCCAAGCUGAAGCCUGGUGCCCCACUGCGCUCCAAGACUCUGCACCCCAAGAAGGCCAAGGCCUACGGACCAGGUGAGAGAGAGAGACCGGGAUUGUAACAAAUUACCUCCUUCAAAGCAUCUUGAACUUCUUUAUCUAUAAAUAAAUGAUCUGGGCUCCCGAAAGGACUGACCUCUAUAAUAUAUAAACAACUUUUGGAAAGCUCAUAUUCUGAGCUAGCUUUUAAAAAUGGUGGUCCACAGAUCUAAUUGAAUCUGAACAACCCUUUAACUGGAACAGAAUAUGGAAAAAUAUGACCUUGGCAUGCCACAAUCCAAACCAUCAAUUUACACAUUUUAAGUUUAUUUACAGACAGUAUUUAACACCAGGGAAAUGUUUUAAGAUUAAAUUGGCCCGAACUCCCAACUGUUCACUGUGUCCCUAAAUCAGGUAGACACAUUCCUCCAUAUGAUGUGGGACUGCCCUGCAGUUAAAUGCUUCUGGGUCAAAGUUACAAAUAUUCAAUGCUUUGCAUCUAUUAUGUUACUUGACAAUGAUAGCUCCUUGAAUCUCUCAAUCAAUCAGAGAUGAUUACUGCUGGUAGGCAGCACUGCCACAAAAAAUAUGUUGGCUCUUAAAUGUCAAUCACCUCACUCUCUCCUAAUCGCCAGUGGAUACAGUUACUAUUAGAAGUUAUAACAUUAGAAUGAUCAACAACGAGAAUGAAUGGUGCUAGUCAAGGAACAACAUUGCUCAACAUUAACAUUAUCCUACCCCUGGUUAGCCACUAUUAGCUUAAAAAGCCAAACCUAACACUAUCUGCCAAUGAAUUUUAAGCAAUAUUGCCCCUGUCUGUCUGCGUAGUGCGCGUGUUUGUGUCCAUCACUCCGUGUGUGGCCAGUUGA